AUGAUAAAAUUACAGGAUGAUAUCCAAAAAUAUCAGAAUGAACUUAUUCGUUUUAAGAAAAUCAAAGUAGAAAAAGUUAAUCAUGACUACAAAUUUCAUCAAGUUUACCGCUGGUUAAGUGGGUCUGAUACCAACACACGGAACCCUACCCCGAAAUUUAGAACACGGAUUAGAAAACCAUCUUUACAAACAGUGGAUAUCAGCUCAGGCGAAUCUGCCUCAGAAGGGGACAACAGGGGUGAUACACAUAGCAGCAAACAGGUGACUUUUUUGAGGGAAGGCGAACAUCUAAACGACCCACCACGGAUGCCCAAUACCGGUGGACAAGAGAAAAGAGACCUAAGAGACACCUUAGACGUGGACAAAAGGGUCACAAGAAAUACAGGACACAUGGGCAAACCUCCCAGACAGCGGAGGUAA